GAUGUAAACAUAACACAAUAAUCCGAACAUAGAGACAACAUUUGAUCCCCUUAAACGUCUUUAGAAUCCAAUGAUUACGUAAUUAUGCCGGUUAAUUACUUGUGUAACUCUUAAUCCCCCACCACAAUCUAACGGACUUAACGACACACAUACAAACGGAACAAUUUCACAACAGAAACACCCAGCAUUUAACAAUACUACGCGCUAAAAGUUACCGACCUUUCCCAUUGAAUUUUCUCUCUCCCCAAACAGGUUAGGGGUUUCGCUUCUGCUCUGACUCUUCUCUGCUACCUCUCUUUCCUCGCUCUUCUUGUCUUUCUUUCUUCGGUUUGUUCCUUGCCUUUCGAAUCUCUGUCGCUGAGCUGGACUUUCUUUUUCUGUAAUCUGACUUUCCCUCUCUAGAAUUUUGUUUCUUCGUCGAUCAUGCUUCAGAGCUUACUAGUCCCUCAAUCUCCAAUCAGUUCGAAUCCUAAUAACACUGCCUCCUCUUCCAUGAAGAAGACUAAGCGUGUUGAACGAGCGGUCACCGGUGGUGAGGCUGAAUCUUCUGGCGGAGACGAUCAAACCGCCAAACGGCCGAACUUCUCCGGCGACGCGACUGUGUCGGGGGAGAAGACGGCAGAGGAAGAGGCCACGGCCGGCGAGGGAGAGUCGUCGGGGUUGCGAUUAUUAGGUUUAUUGCUAAAAUGCGCCGAGUGCGUUGCGAUGGACAAUCUUGAUGACGCCACCGAUCUCUUGCCUGAAAUAUCGGAGCUAUCGUCCCCGUUCGGAUCGUCACCGGAUCGAGUCGGAGCUUACUUCUCUCACGCGCUCCAUGCGCGCGUGGUCAGUUCCUGCUUGGGGACGUACUCGCCUCUCACCAGCAAAAAUCUCACCUUAUCUCAGUCGCAGAAGAUCUUCAACACUCUUCAAUCAUACAAUUCCAUUAGUCCAUUGAUCAAAUUCUCUCAUUUCACAGCUAAUCAAGCGAUUUUCCAAGCUCUGGACGGCGAGGAUUAUGUCCACGUAAUUGACCUUGACAUAAUGCAAGGCCUUCAAUGGCCUGGAUUGUUCCACAUCCUUGCCUCCCGAUCAAAGAAGAUCAAAUCAAUGAGAAUCACCGGGUUCGGAUCCUCAUCGGAGUUGCUGGAGUCAACAGGUCGACGACUCGCUGAUUUCGCGAGUUCACUCGGUCUUCCUUUUGAAUUCCAUCCUUUGGAGGGCAAAAUUGGGAGCGUGACUGAUCUGAAUCAACUCGGGGUGAGACCAAAUGAAGCUGUAGUAGUUCACUGGAUGCACCACUGCUUGUAUGAUGUAACGGGCAGCGAUUUAGGGACUUUGAGAUUGUUGAGUCUGUUGAGGCCCAAAUUGAUCACAAUGGUUGAACAGGACUUGAGUCAUGAGGGAACCUUCUUAGGGAGGUUUGUGGAGGCAUUGCAUUACUACAGUGCUUUAUUUGAUGCUCUUGGGGAUGGAUUGGGGAUGGAUAACCUGGAGAGGCAUAUGGUGGAGCAGCAGCUAUUUGGGACUGAGAUUAGGAACAUUGUGGCUGUUGGUGGUCCUAAGAGGACUGGUGAAGUUAAGGUGGAGAAGUGGGGGGAGGAAUUGAAACGGGUCGGGUUUAGAGCCGUUUCGCUUGGGGGAAGCCCUGCUGCUCAAGCCAGUUUGUUGCUUGGGAUGUUCCCUUGGAAAGGUUAUACUUUGGUAGAGGAAAAUGGGUGCUUGAAACUUGGAUGGAAGGAUUUGUCCUUAUUGACUGCCUCUGCUUGGGAACCCUCCGGUUGAGUUUUUGCAAAGAACCCAAUUGAGAUUGAUGUUUAGGGAUGACAAUUUCGAGCACGAGUACUUUCGGGGUGAUUGAAAUUGUGGCUAAGAUGACCUUGAUAAUGAAGAUUCAAUGUGUUGUUCAAAGGAUUAAUUCUCUCUGGAAACUUUCUUGACCUUGUACACUUUGUUUGUUCUUUGGGGUGGUCUUGGAAGGAUGGAGCAUCUCUAAUUUCUUAUAAUUCUUCGAAGCAAAAAAUGUAUUCUUUUAUGUUCCAAUGAUUCUGGAAAAGGUAGGUAAAAAUAAGGAAUGAAGUUCUCACAUUCCAAUAAAUUUUGGAGGUGGUUAAGGUCCAUGCAUGCUGUUUAACACCAAGUUGCUUGUUGAGAAGUCGCUAUUAUUGACCA